UGGAAUUGUUACAACAACAACAGAAGAAAAGCAAAGAAACUGUUUUUUUACGUCAUCCGUGUCUUCUUACCGCAUCGAAACCUUCUGUCCAGUUGAGCUUCGCAAAUCUCCAUCUCCACUUGGGAAUGGAGAUCAAUCUCCCAAUUGUCCCAUCGCUUUGACCCAUUUUGAUUCCUUCAUCUUACUCUCAACAACAACAGGAAUCACCCAGAUUUUACUAUAUCGAUUGGAGUCUUUGAUAUUAUUAUUCACUGUCCAAGUUUUGAGGUUGUUGAGAAUUUAUUGUAUUGGACUACUGGGAAUUGGAAUGGGGGUUGUAGAGGCGAACCCGCAUCUGGACUCAUCAUCUAGGACAGUAGCAUCGCUUAAUGGCAGUCAUUCUGAAGCAAGAUUAGGCAAGAAGCCAAUGGAAGUUGGUGAGUGUUCUUACCGCCCCAGUUCGGCUAAGAUUAAGAGGCGAAUAGUCUCUGCUGUUCGUGAUUUUCCGCCGGGUUGUGGAAGAAAUGUUCCCUUAAACAAUGCCAUUGCUGGUACUUCUCAGAAUGUACCAAUAGAGGGUACCAGUGAAUUGGAAGCUUUUGCUGGUGCUUCUCAGAGUGUACUGAUAGAAAACUCGGUUGCUGGGGAUAGAAUUGAUGAUGGAAAUGAAGUGGAUGAUAGUGGCUUGAUGAAUAUGGAGCCAGUUGUGAGAGGAACAGCCUUAGAAGAUGAAGUAUUUGAUUUGCGGGAGAAUCCGCAUCAGUUAAGCAACAAUUUGACAAUUGUUGAAGGGGCAGGUCCUGUUGGUACUAAUGAUCAGGCUGAGAAGUUGAUUAGCGGGGAUAGAACUGAUGAUGGACAAAAAGUUGUAAACUUGAUCCUCUCAGCUGGUCAGGUGGGUGGUGAUUCUGACUUGAUGAAUAGGGCUGUUGGUACUGUGGAAACAGUUGAAUUAACAGCCCUAGAGCAUGAAGUAUCUGAUUUGUCAAAGAACCCUCAUCUGGUGUGUGUGGUUACACCGGAUGAAGAGAUGGUUCCUGUGCUGUCAAAUAGUAACUCUUCUUCCAUUUCAGUUUCUAAUGUCAAUGGUCAGGAAAAGACUGCAGCGAGAAGAUAUCCUCCUCGAAGACAUGUCUCAGCUGUUCGGGACUUCCCUCCUUUUUGCGGAAGGAAUGCUGCCGCGGAGGCCAGGAAUUUUGGUGAAGAGCAGUCGGAUAUGGGUGACAAACCAUCCUCAUCAAAUAUGAAUACCAUCAAGCAACAAGCCAGAGAGGAUGACGUUAAGGAGGAAGAGUUUCACGAGAAUGAAUUGGGAGGGAAUGUUUCUGAAGCAACUGGAGGUGGAGUUCAAACUGAAUACAAGGGACAUGCCGUAGAAGAAAUGGAGAGAAAAGAUCAAUGCAUUGUAUAUUCUGGGAUCAAUGAGGUUUCAGAAGAUACAAGAAAAGAUGUCAUUGAACCUCCUCAAGAAAGCAAUGGAUGUCAAGGGACGAGGGAGGAUGUUGAACAUUCAGAGAAGAAAGUGGGGAAGCAGAUUGUGGUAUACCAUGAGAAGAACAGUCGAGGGCGAAAUAGUCAAAAAAGUAGGGUGAUUGUACUGGGUUUGAUGGCUGCAUCAAAUUAUCCAUGGCUCAAGGCAAAAGAGGUCGAGAAACCUAAAUCAAAUGGUGGUAUGAGUGAAAGCAAACAGAAGAAACCAGAUGGUGGUAUGAGUGGAAGAAAACGGAAGAAAACAGAUGGUAUGAGUGAAAGAAAACAGAAAAACCCAGGUGGUGGUGUAAGUGAAUGCAAACCAAAAACACCUGAUUUUAAAUGUGAGUCAGAAGGAUUUAAUUCUACUGCCCAAGGUACAAGCCAGCAGCUUGUUAUUAGGGAUGAGGAUGCGAUUCCAAUAUCAUGUUAUACACAUGUGUGCCCUCCUCCUUUUGGUCAGAUUAGUUCAAGCAUUGAAGUUCGUGAUGAUGGUGCAAUUGUCACCCGAAACAAGGUGAGGGAGACAUUGCGGCUUUUUCAAGCUGUUUAUAGGAAGCUCUUGCAGGAGGAUGAAGCGAAGUCAAAGGAAGGAGGCAACUCCCGCAGAAGGUUUGAUCUUCAAGCAGCAAAGAUCCUCAAGGAAAAAGGAAAAUACGUAAAUCUUGGCAAACAAAUCUUGGGAGCUGUUCCAGGAGUGGAAGUCGGUGAUGAGUUUCAUUAUAGAGUGGAACUUAAUAUGAUUGGCCUACACCGCCAAAUUCAAGGUGGUAUAGAUUAUGUUAGGCAUGGGGGGACAAUCCUUGCUACCAGUAUUGUUGCAUCAGGGGGGUAUGCUGAUGCUUUGGAUAAUUCAAGUUCCUUGAUUUAUACAGGCCAAGGAGGAAAUGUGAUAAAUACAGAAAAGGAACCUGAAGAUCAGAAGCUUGAACGGGGAAACCUUGCUUUGAAGAAUAGUCUGCAUGAAAAGAAUCCUGUUAGAGUGAUUCGUGGGUCUGAAUCAUCAGAUGGAAAAUCUAGGACAUAUGUCUAUGACGGGCUAUAUUUGGUAGAGAAAUGUUGGCAAGAUUUGGGGCCUCAUAAUAAGCUGGUUUAUAAGUUUCAGCUGGACAGAAUUGGGGGUCAACCAGAGCUUGCUUGGAAAGAACUGAAGAAGUCCAAAAAAUUUCAAAUACGUGAAGGUAUCUGUGUCGAUGAUAUUUCAGGAGGCAAAGAGUCAAUUCCUAUCUGUGCUAUGAAUACCAUAGACGAUGAGAAACCUCCAUCAUUCGAAUACAUAACUAGUGUGAUAUAUCCUGAUUGGUGCCGCCCGCUUCCUCCCAAGGGUUGUAGCUGUACUGCUGGAUGCUCGGACUCUGAGAAAUGUUCUUGUGCAGUUAAGAAUGGAGGUGAGAUCCCAUUUAACUUUAAUGGGGCUAUUGUUGAAGCUAAGCCCCUUGUGUAUGAGUGUGGUCCUUCUUGCAAGUGUCCUCCUUCUUGCCAUAAUAGAGUUAGCCAGUAUGGUAUCAAGUUUCAUCUUGAAAUUUUUAAAACUAAAUCAAUGGGAUGGGGGGUGAGAUCCCUUAAUUCCAUUCCUUCAGGAAGUUUUAUUUGUGAGUAUAUAGGAGAGCUCCUUGAAGAGAAGGAAGCUGAAGCAAGAGCUGGUAAUGAUGAGUAUCUGUUUGAUAUUGGGAAUAACUACAAUGAUAAUUCUCUUUGGGAUGGACUUUCGACACUCAUGCCUGAUGCACACUCAAGUUCUUAUGAAGUUGUGGAGGAAGGUAGCUUCACCAUUGAUGCUGCACGGAAAGGCAAUUUGGGGAGAUUUAUCAACCAUAGUUGUUCCCCUAAUCUUUAUGCCCAAAAUGUCCUUUAUGAUCAUGAGGACAACAGAAUUCCUCACAUUAUGUUCUUUGCCGCUGAGAACAUUCCUCCGUUGCAAGAGUUGACUUAUCAUUACAAUUAUAUAAUGGAUCAGGUUCAUGAUUCCAAUGGCAAUAUAAAGAAGAAGAAUUGCUAUUGCGGUUCUCCAGAGUGCACUGGCAGGCUGUAUUGAGGUAGACUUCACAGGAGAAUUCUGCAUUAAUAGAAAAGAGGCAGUUUGCAGCAGCCAAGUCGGACUUGACUUUCGAUCUAGAAGGAGUUGACUGUGGCUUUUGAGGACACUGAUUAUGAAGGGAAUUUGGAGGCUAUUCUUGUAGCUUAUCCUUGGCUUCAUGCCCCUAAUAAUCAAACAAUCACUUAAUCCUCUUUGUAUUAAGAAACCAUGUUGGAGGCCAAAAACAAUGCGAAUUUGAUCAGUGACAAGUUUAUAUGAAGCGUGAUGUUGUAGACUUGUGGUGAAUUCGGAUAAGACCGACCUGCAAUGUUUCCAAUAAAAGUUGUAGUUGACAUAUACAUCUUUCAGAGAUCUAGUUUUGUUUCUGUUAUUAAUAUUUUGACAAGAGUUCAUAUCUCAAUUGAUACAUUAAGUUUAUUACAAAA